UCUCAUCACAUUUACUGCUUCUAGAGAGAGCAGAUCCCCAUCAGUGUGGUAGUACUGCAGGCAAAGCCAGAGGCCAUAUUAGUGUGUGUGUAUAUAUAUAUAUACACAUAUAUAUAUAUAUAUAUACCUAUAUUCAUCACACACACACACACAUAUAUAUAUAUCAUAUUCAUGGCAGCAAGGAAGGAAAACAACACAAGCAAUAUCAAUAGUAGCAGUUAUCAUCAUCAACAUCACAAUCAACAUCAUCAUCAUCAUCAUCAGGAAGGGUACUGUGAGCCCUGCAGAUCAUUUGGCCAAAAGUGCAGCCAUCUGGUGAAGAAACAGCGGGCCAAGUUCUACAUCCUCAGGCGCUGUAUUGCCAUGCUUGUUUGCUGGCGUGACCGUGGUGACCCCUGAGAGAUAGAGACACUAGUAUACUAUAUAUAUAUAUAGCAUCUCAAUAUAUUAUCAUCGAUCAUUUUUCUCUCUACUACCAU